CUUGAUUGCGAGAUUGAUGAGCACGUGUUACAUGGAAGAAUGUGAUGUAUGCAAGGUAUAUCAUUAAACUAUGGAAUGUGUUACUAUUCCAUAAUAAUGUGGUUCUAUUGCUGAGAUGAAAUUAUGGAGCUUAUAACGUUAGAGCUAAGACCACGCUUGCAAUCUUGCAAUGUAUUUAUUUCUAUGUGGAAAGAUUUCUGCUCAAAAAAUGUUCGCAUUAAACUCUUGGAGAGUACCAUAGUAUUAAUAGUAGAAGAUUGUAAUAUAAGCUUCUCGUUGCCGUCUGUAAAAAUUAUACCCACUUCCUUGUCCAUGUUAAAUAUAAUGAACAAUUGGGUUUGCUUCCGCCUACAAACUGCACCAUUGGAGUCUGCAUUUGGAUCUUUCAAUACAGAAGUGAUAACUAAUUCGAAUAAAUCAACUCAACUGAAUAUUUAUUCGCCUAUUUUAAACGAUAUCAAAUUGUUAUUUGAAACGUCAAAAUGUACUAUACUAUGCACCUGUUGCAAAAAUGUUAUCUCAAAGUUGAUUAGUUUUAAGAGAUUUCUCCCUUUACCUGAUACAGAAUAUGAUCCUGACGAAUGGUUUUGUUGUAAACAUAGUUGCAAUGCCAUUUCAAAUAGUGUGCAGCCACAGGAAUCUGAUUACUUAUAUGGCUCUUGCUUUUCUGUAUUACAUAAAAGUAUUUUUACAAGCAAUGGGUGUAUAGAUAAUAAAACGUUGUUUUGUAAUAAAUGUUUGUUACACAUAGGAACAUUUCAUACAUAUAAUUUAUUCAAAAUAUGGAAUUGUUGCGUAGAUUAUAAACCAGAGAAUAGUACAUUGUCUAUUAUGAAUGCUACUAAUCCACUCAGUGAUUUUCUGAUAUUAGUAAAAAACUCACUAGGUGAGAUUUUAGGUGAAGAAAUUAUUCUGCAAACAUCUGUCGGCAAACAGACGCAUCGUCUUUUGAUAAAGCCAAUGGAUUGCAAAUUAAAUUUAAUUACAGAGCCUGAUCACUUUACAGUCUGUGAUACUGACAUUGUAUCCUUGCAACAAAAAUAUGCUGCUAAAGUUUUAUACAAAUACGAGAAAGAUAAAGAGUUUACUGUAAUCACUAAUUAUUUGAAUGUUAAAUAUCAUGAUGUAAGUUUGCCUUUAAUACAAGCUGGAUUAAAUUAUUUAUUAUCAUCAACGAAACGACUACCUCAUGUUUAUAGAACUGCUGCUAUAGACUAUUUUCUUGGUUAUAUUAUCUUACAAGAAAUCGUGGAUUAA